AUGGAAGAAACAAACCACCCAAACACAGCUAAAGCUCAGUUCAAUGGAGAGUCAGUUAAAUACAACCAAGAAGAUAAUUCAGACCAUGAUGCAGUUGAUGAAAACAACAAUGAAGAGGACGACUCCUUUAUUUCUUUCACUUCAAGCACUAUCUUGUCAAUUGAUAUCAAAGAAAACAAGUUGGGCGCUUGUGUAUUAGACAUUGCCAACAAGAAUCUAUUGGUAUUCGAAGACUUUCGCUUGAUCUCUUCAUCCAAUGAUGAGCUUGAACUGACUUCAUCNAUAAUUGAAUCAAUUCUAUUCCAAACAAAGCCUUCUUCGGUUAUUGCUUCAUCCAGACUAGAUAUGAAGAUCAACAGUAUCUUAAAAUCAAAUG